AUCGGCGCCAACUACGUGAAAUGUCAAAACAUAUUUUUUUGUAAAUAUUUGCAAAUAUUUUAUCCUCGCAUUUAAUAUACCGAUUUAAGCGAAAUGAUUGAAAAAUAUAGUGAAUAUUGUUAUAAAUAGAUUAGGGAUUAAACUGUGUAAAAUCAGGACGAUAAUAUCGAAGAUUACAACAAUUAUAACCAAAUUAUUUGGUGGGAUUUUCUGGACACAAAAAAUUGUUAUUUUUGCUUAAAAAAGUGGAUUUUUUGCACGAAAACAAUCAAAAUGUCCACAGUAGAGUAUGAUCUAGACACCAGUGGCGGUUUAAUGGAUCAAAUCCAAGCUCUGAUAGCUCCUCCCCAGAGCGACGAGAAGGAGUCAAAAAAGUCCACUGAACAUCCAUACUUUAAACGGCCUGGCAAAGGUCACAAUCACGACAGCUGUGACGCUUGUGGUGAAGGAGGAGACCUGAUUUGUUGCGACAAAUGUCCCUCCAGUUUUCAUUUGACUUGCCAUGACCCCCCACUGGAAGAAACAGACAUCCCUCGCGGCGAAUGGCUCUGCCACUCGUGCAUACACUCUAAAACGAAACAGCUUCAACAGCUCCAAACCCAACCACCUCCUGUCACGACGACCAGGCAACAAUCUGCGCAGCUGCAGUCGCAAACGUUGCCGCAGCUGCGCAGCAAGCGAUCGAGCUCUAUGCCCACCGAAAGUAGCACGAUUAGCUGCAGCAAGCCGCCAGCGAAAAAGGUGAAGCUGAGCGCCAUCGAGAUGUUAAUUGAAGCAGCAAAUUCGAUGAAUCCAAGGCAGUUUGAGCUGCCCAGAAGUAUGAGCAUACCCUGUAUAUUUCCCGGCACUGAUAAAGUUGAGAUUCCGUACUCCAGGACAGGCCGUCGAACGACUUCCAAAGCCUCGAAACCGGAUCAUGAGCGGACUCCGGGUGGAAUCAUCCCCCUGCCGUCGAAAAAAUGCAACGAGUGUCGGAAAUCGUGUCGCAUUUCUCCGUUGAUUGCCUGCGAUUUUUGCCCGCUCUACUAUCAUUUGGAUUGCUUGGAUCCCCCAUUGACUACACCCCCCUCCGGGCGCUGGAUGUGCCCCAAUCACAUUGAACAUUGUUUGGACACAAAACUUCUUUCUUCCGUAUCUGCAACGGAACGCGUGAAAUUGUGGGACCGAUUCACGGGACUUCCCGUCGACCAAGACUCGGUAAAAAUUGAAUUUUUUCGUCGCGUGCACAACAAGAAUCCCCCCUUCAAAACGAAAGUCCGCCUAGCUCCGCGCGGCCUUGUAAAAAUCCCCGAAAUGGUCAAAUACCACUACAGAAAACCCGUCGCGUUGUUACCAAGCUUACGCGACGUUCUGCGCAUAGAAUACGUGAACAACCGUGCCAUAAACAGAAUGAACGACUUAAACGAAAAAAGCAUAAGUUUUAUAGAAGAAAUAAAGCAAGAAAACGCGGAAAAAAUAAGCGAAAAUAUUAUCGAAAUACAAAUGGAUUCGUCGGAAUUAAAAGAAGAAAAAGACGAGUUUUUGGACGCGCCGGAAGUCAAAACCGAACAACUGGAUACAACACAUCAACAACCUAUGUGUAACGGUUAUCUGAGAAACGGUGCAGGGUUGACAGAUUUCGUCAAAAAAGAGAACAAUUUCAUGGUGGAUUUUGUCUCUGGGAUCACUACUGAAGUCGAACUAGAGUUGAAGCAAUUGGACGACAGAUUGUUAAAAUUAUUAGCAUUUCAACGAAUUCAGCAACUUUUAACACAAAAUUCGAAUUCAACGUCCUUUUUUUCUCAAAGUCUACAGAACAAGUUGAGGCAAAUGCCUUUGCCCAGCGAACUUUUGACACCUGCUGAUAUUGACAGGAUAUCUAGGGUUUUCAGCAGCCCAAAGAAGAAAAAAACGAAGAGUAAUUUAAGGGCUCGCGCCAUCUUGUGCCCGGUUGUUUCUAAACAUUUUUACAAUGUGCGUACUUCUGAGGUUGACCCGACAGAUGUCAGGCACGACGCGAGUUUUAUGGGUUUCAGACCUACGGUUUCUACGCGGUUUCCCGAAGCUGUUGCUAUGCGAUACAGGAUAUUAAAUAUAGGGAAAGGUUCAGCAAAUGACGUGGAUUUAGAAAGAUUUGGACAUUGUAAUUUUAUAUCACCGAAACAUGCUGUUAUAUUUUAUGAUGAGUGCACCAAACACUACGAACUACUAAACUACUCCACCCACGGUACGCAUGUAAACAACGUGCAAUAUUCAAACGAUGUUGCCGUUGAACGUCACCGCCCCCCGACAAGCGCCGAUGCCAAAUUGGCCUCGGUCGAAUUGGCAGUUCGCGAUAUAAUCGACAAAAAACGCAAAAUCGCCUCUGCCCGUAAAACCCUCUCGUCGAACAAUAACCUGGCAACGGUGGCCGCCGCCGCGGCGGCAGCGGCAACACCGCUCACCGCCGACUCGGCCCCCAAGAUGGCGGCCAACGACGGCAUCGAAAAAAUCGACUGUCUGUGCGCAGGCAACGUUGCCAAUGUUGCUAACGCGUCGGAUCAGAACGAUCUAAAAACUGGAUGGGAAGGUUCCGCCAUCUUGAAUCAUGGGUCCUUACUGAGGUUCGGGUGUAUUUCUUUUGUUUUUUCCAUCGUCGAAUGUUCCUCCUUUUAGAUAGAUUUUUUACAAUAAAAGAUUUGAAGAACUUACGAAAACUGUCAAAUUUUUACGACGUUGCAUUAUUUACGUGGUAAAGAUAUUACGGAAAAAAGAUUAAAGAUUUCACAGGUUAAAAAUGUCAAAAUCGUUUCCGUGUUGCUACAUUUCUAGUUGUGUUUUUUUAUAAUUAGACAGUUUUUGUAUUGUUUUCAAAAAAUUAAUAAAAAGCUGUGUAAAUUUAUUGAGCCCUCUAGAAACUGACUAAAAAUAGGUAAAAAACGUACAAAAAGCAAUAAAACUAUUGGUUUUGCAGACAAAAAACAGUACAAAUUUUUAAAAUUCCACCAUUUUUUAAGUAUAUUUUCGCGUUUCUGUGAUGUUUAAAACGAAAAAAUAUAAAAAAUUCCCAAAUUUUGUGAUACCGCAUUCAUUUUUAAGUUAGUUUAGCAGUUUUUAGAAGGUACUACUGUAAAUAAGUAAUUUUUAGGUUAGGUUGAAAUUCUGUACGAUUUUUUUUGUAAUUUAUUAAUUUUAUUUAAUUAAGAUUUAUUUCAACAUUUUUUAAUUUUUAAGGUCGUCAAAUACGUUAUAAUGCUGAAAUUGCAUGCAGUAUUGUUAUUUUCUAAGUGGAUAUAUUUAUUUUUGUUUAUAAAUAAACGAAAAAACUCGA